AUGCAGAAAUUCAAGUUAAAAACCAGAGUAUCAAAUUUAGAAAAUUUCACCGAAACUGGAGGAGCUUUGAAUUCUUGGUUAAAGGCAAAUGCAGGCAAGGUAGAGGUGAAGGACAAAUUAAGUAUGUGCCUUGGUGCAGCACAAGCAGUAGAAUAUCUUCAUGCAAAUCAUUGUAUGCACAGAGAUUUAGCAGCAAGAAACUGUCUAAUCACUAAAGACCGAGUUGUAAGUUGACA